UUGGAUGAACUUGAGGAGAUUCUUGAAUCUCGAAAAAAAUUUGGAGGACAAGUUUUUCCUGUCUUCUAUGGUGUAGAUCCAUCUGAUGUAAGAUAUCAAAGAAGAAGUUUCGGAAAAGCUUUAGCCAACCAUGAAAAGAAAUGCAAAAAAAGCGAAGACAAGGUUCACAAAUGGAGAUCCGCUUUGUCGCAGGAAUGAAGCAGAAGUCAUUCGAGAGAUUGUUGAAACAGUAUGGAACAUUGUAUGCUCUAGUUUGCCAUCUUAUGAUGAUAAUUUAGUUGGAAUUGAGUCAAGGAUGGUUAAGAUAAAUGCUCUCUUAGAGAUAGAGGCAGAUAGCAUCUGUUUUGUAGGGAUAUGGGGUAUGGGCGGCAUUGGUAAGACAACUCUUGCUAGACUUGUUUUUGAGAGAAUCUCUGGCCAAUUUGAAAUAUCUUGCUUUCUUGCUAAUGUUAGGGAGAUUUCAGAAAGAAAAGGCAUAGUUAGUUUACAAAAUGAUAUUCUUUUACAUCUCAACAAAGGGCAAAAGAUAUAUGACGAGCAUUGUGGAAAAACGAUUUUGAAUCGACUUUUUCGGAGUAAAAAGGUUCUCCUUGUCGUUGAUGAUGCAAAUCAUGUGAGUCAAUUAGAGAGUUUGGCAAGUCCAAAGUGGUUUGGGGCGGGGAGUAGAGUGAUUAUAACGACUAGAAAUUGCACCUACUGA